AUGUGCAACCUCUUUGAGGGGCCCAUUGUUACAACCAAACACAAUGAUGAUGAACAGUAUGUUUGGGAGUCUGAUGCUGGAGGUUCUUUCACUGUCACCAGGGAUAACACUGGUGAGGUUCUUGGAAGGGGUACUAAGAUCACUCUCUACCUCAAGGAAGAUCAGCUUGAGUACCUUGAGGAGCGUCGCUUGAAGGAUUUGAUCAAGAAGCAUUCUGAGUUCAUUAGCUACCCAAUUUUUCUUUGGAUUGAGAAAACUACCGAGAAGGAGAUCUCUGAUGAUGAGGAUGAGGAAGACAAGAAGGAUGAGGAGGGUAAGGUGGAGGAUGUUGACGAAGAGAAGGAGAAGGAAGAAAAAAAGAAAAAGAAGAUUAAGGAAGUGUCACAUGAAUGCUCCUUGGUGAACAAGCACAAGCCCAUUUGGAUGAGAAAGCAUGAGGAGAUCACAAAGGAGGAGUAUUCUGCUUUCUACAAGAGUCUCACCAAUGACUGGGAAGAGCAUUUGGCUGUCAAGCCCUUCUCAGGUGAGGGACAGUUGGAGUUUAAGGCUAUCGUCUUUGUUCCUAAGAGGGCACCUUUUGACCUCUUUGACACAAGGAAGAAGCCUAACAAUAUUAAGCUUUAUGUCCGUCGUGUCUUUAUGAUGGACAAUUGUGAGGAGUUGAUUCCUGAGUAUUUGGGCUUUGUCAAGUGCUUUGUCAAGGGUACCUAG